AUUAUAUUCGUUACAACUAGGAAUAUAACUGUCUUUGAUUCAGGAAUGAUGAACUUCUGGCGGAUCGUGGGAAAUACAGUGCGCAGAGGAUUUUCUAUAAAUGGCUGUUGUGUGUUUUUCCUUUUCUUCGGCCUUCAUUUCGCUUAUGGAGACGUGAGCUACUCUGUUGCAGAGGAGAUGAAACGCGGGUCUGUGGUUGGGAACAUAGGCAAAGAUCUCGGCCUCGGGAUUGCCACACUGUCCUCGCGUAAAGCUCGCAUCGACACAGACAGGAAUGACAAGAGGUAUUGUGAUAUCAAUCUGAGUACCGGGGAUUUAGUUGUUAAUGACAGGAUCGACAGGGAGGGUCUCUGUGGUAAGAAGGCAACGUGUAUUUUAAAAGAGGAGCUUGUUUUGGAAAACCCUUUAGAGCUUCAUCGCAUCAGCAUUCACGUACAAGAUAUAAACGACAACGACCCACAGUUCAGCGAGAAUUUGAUUUCAUUUGAAAUCAGAGAAUCAGCUGUCAAAGGGACUCGAUUCUUACUGACUGAGGCCCAUGAUGCAGACAUCGGCACAAAUACUGUGCAGCGCUACAAUUUACAAAAUAAUGAGCAUUUCACCAUUAAUGUAGCAACAGACGGCAGUGGGCGGAAACACUCCGAAUUGGUUUUGGUAAAAGAAUUAGAUCGAGAGCAGGAGAAAGACUUGAAAUUACUGCUAACAGCUGUAGAUGGCGGCUCUCCUCAGAGAUCAGGCACUGCGACCAUUCACGUUACUGUGCUGGAUGCUAAUGAUAACGCCCCAGUGUUCAGCCAGGCCGUUUAUAAAGCCAGUCUGCCUGAAAACUCUCCUGUAGAUACUGUAGUGGUCACUGUGAGCGCUACUGAUGCUGACGCGGGACCCAAUGGUGAUAUCACAUACAGUUUUGAUCAUGUUGCCAAUGACCACGUAUCUUUGUUCUCGCUUGAACAUAAGACAGGAGAGAUUAGAGUCAUCGGCUCUAUCGAUUAUGAGACUGAGACUGCCAUUGAGCUGCGAAUAAGAGCAAAAGACGGACCAGGUCUUACCUCUUAUUGUACAGUAAUUAUAGAUAUAACGGAUGUCAAUGACAACCCACCUAUUAUUAGUUUGAAAUCACUGACAAACCCCAUACCUGAGAACGUGUCACCUGGUACAGAGGUGGGCAUCAUUAACGUGCAGGACAGAGACUCUGAGACCAACGGACAGGUCCGCUGCUCCAUUCAGCAAAACGUCCCUUUUAAGUUGGUUCCUUCCAUUAAAAACUAUUAUUCUCUGGUGAGCACAGGACAGCUGGACCGUGAAGUGGUGUCUGAUUACAACAUUACAAUCAGUGCCACUGACGAGGGCUCUCCACCUCUGUCCUCGUCUAAAACUGUUCAGUUAUCUGUAGCAGACAUCAACGACAACCCACCUGUGUUUGAGGAGCAGUCGUACAGCGCAUAUGUGAGUGAAAAUAACAAACCUGGCUCCACUUUAUGUUCCGUGAGUGCUCGAGACCCCGACUGGAGACAGAACGGUACAGUGAUUUAUUCUCUGUUGGCCGGUGAGGUGAACGGUGCCCCGGUGUCCUCCUACGUGUCUGUGAACGGAGACACGGGGGUGAUCCACGCUGUGAGGUCGUUUGAUUAUGAGCAGUUGAGGAGUUUUAAAGUCCACGUGAUGGCCCGAGACAACGGUUCUCCUCCGCUGAGCAGCAACGUGACCGUCAGUGUGUUCAUAUCGGAUGUGAAUGACAACUGUCCUCAGAUCCUGUACCCCGCCCCGGAGGGCAACUCGUUCAUGACCGAGCUGGUCCCCAAAGCUGCCCACGGAGGCUCUGUGGUGUCCAAAGUGAUCGCGGUGGACGCGGACUCCGGCCAGAACGCCUGGCUGUCUUAUCAUAUAGUGAAGUCCACUGAUCCGGGACUUUUCACUAUUGGUGUCCACAGCGGAGAGAUCAGGACUCAGCGGGACAUUUCUGAAUCUGACAGCAUGAAACAGAACCUUAUUGUGGCAGUGAAAGAUAACGGCCAGCCCUCUCUGUCUGCCACCUGUUCCAUGUAUUUACUGAUUUCUGACAACUUGGCUGAGGUGCCCGAACUGAAGGAUAUUUCUUACGAGGAGAAGAAUUCCAAACUGACGUCUUACCUUAUUAUCGCUCUGGUGUGUGUGUCCACGUUUUUUCUGACGUUCAUCAUCAUCAUCCUGGGUGUGAGGUUUUGUCGCAGGAGAAAGCCCAGACUGUUGUUUGAUGGAGCAGUCGCCAUCCCCGGCGCUUAUCUCCCUCCUAAUUACGCAGAUGUUGACGGCACAGGAACUUUGCGCAGCGCUUACAAUUAUGACGCAUAUCUGACGACAGGAUCAAGAACCAGUGACUUUAAGUUUGUGACGUCUUACAAUGACAACACGCUGCCUGCUGAGCAGACUCUGAGGAAAAGUCCGAGUGACUUUGCAGAAGUGUUUGGAGAUUGUGACGGCUCUCCAGAGGUAAGAGCAUCAAACACUAGAUAUGUUUUCAGAUCAAACAGGCUCCUCUCUCUUUCAGAUUUUUGAUUGCAGUGUCAAAUUGACAUCGAUAAUGAACAGUUGUCAAUAUCCAGAAAGCAUUUUUAAUAGUGGUUCUAAAUCAGGCACGUUUUGGGUAUUUCUCCUUGGGAACGGGGUCAGUGCCAAAAAACAAAACAAAAAAAAAGAAGCACGUGAAGACAAAGACUCCGUCCAUCUUACUGUUUACAGUAACUGUUAUUCUGAAUUCUUAUCUCCAUUUUGACCACUUGUACUCUGAACCAUAACCCGCUACUUUCAGUAUAUCUACUAGAUCU